AUGGCUCCUCUACCUUUCUUCAGGAUGCCCCCACCAGAAGAAUGGGUAAAACCAUUCAACGUCUACGAAGAACCCCCAGGCCCCGUUGUCUACCCAGGGCCUAACGACCCGAUGCCAUCGAUUGAGGACAUCACCAAGAUCGAAGAAGAUCUCAAGAUGCGGAAAGAGUUCGCACACGCCAUGUUCGAGAAAACUACUGUGGACCUUGCAAUGGUAGACCUUAUUAGGAGAAAAGUGCGCAAAUUCAACAAGAAGCUUGACGAGUAUGGCUUGGACAGAUUUGGGAAUAAGCUUGAGAACGCAAAGCCUGGGCAGUCCGACAAGCCCGACAAGCCCCCUGCGCCAGUCUUGACAGAGGCGGAACGCGAAGCCCGCGACCAAGCCCGUCAAGCCAGAAUACAAGCAGCGCUUGACGUGCCGCGACCGGUGACGAUUGCGUCCCGUAAAAUGCACCCAAAAGGAUACAAUAAAAACAAACGCAAACGCGUCGGUAGUGACGACGACGAGUCUUAUACACCAGAUCGCAAGGGAACCCCUCCGUCCCCGUCCGUAGCCCACCCAAAGCACAAGCACCUGCAGCACGCACCCUCCUCUACCGUUGUAGCUAAGAAACCUCCACGCGAGCCCCUGCCCAACCUGAACGACGAGUCUUACUGGCGUCUCCCCGAGCGACAAUCUCUCGUUCCACCUCACCCUCCCCCACCAGAGGCACCCAUUCCCGGUCCUUUGCACCAGCAAGAUGUUUCAAUAGACCUUUCGGAUGCCAAGCCACCGGCGGCCCAGAUCACAGCGGACACGUUCUGGAAAUCUGUCGAGCACUGGAUACGUGACUUGGGGGAAGAAGACGUAGCAGCCAUGAGCUACAUAGACGAUGAUCCUGAACCAUUUGUCCGGCCACCGCUGGGAAGGCACUAUCUUGAGCGCUGGGCAGAGGAGGAGCAGGGAACGUACACGCCUGCAGGACAACGACCGGACGCGAAAGGCAUGCCUUUCCCCCCGACGGCAGGGUAUGACCCUACGGACUUAGCAGACGGGGACUGGCUGAGCGAAGACAAGUCGCUGGGACCCGUAGCGGAACGCCUCGUUUCUGCGCUUCAGCCUAAACGGUCAGGUACCGCAGCGGGUGGUCCGGAGGGAGAGGGAAAGAAGGAGAUGAUUGAGGCGAUUGCGGAAGAGCUACAGGUAGAAGACGCGCUUACAGCAGGGCCGCUUGGGGACCUUAGGGUCAGUGCGGAGGAAUUGGACGUGAGGAUCAAGCGGCAACUGAAAGAGCUGGGGCUGUGGUCGGAACCUGAGCCUGACUUCUCUGCUCCGGAAGAUGACUCCAUCCUUGCCGAACUACGGCAGUGCCAGAAGCUUCUGAAAGACCAGAUGGCACUAAACGCCGCACGCAAGUACCGGCUACUAAAACGUUGCGAAGAUCGACUUGCAUACCAGGACUACGUCCACCAGCUGGAAAGGAUGGACGAGCAGAUCCUGAGCGAGUGGCAAAAGCUGAGCAAGAAGACUACAGCCGACGCCAAAAAGGGCAACAGUUCGGGGCAUACGCGGCAGCCGAGCACGUCCAGUGUCAGUAAGACUAAACCUACCGGUACGAAUGGGAUCAGCAAAGCACGAUCGCAGAGCGUCUCUCAGUCUCCUGUCGACCCCCGUUCAACCUCCGCCGCUCCGGGCGAAGGGCAGUCCAAACGGCCCUUAGUCCCUCCCGAGCUCCUACACGUGGUGCGAAUUCGCCAGCGGCUGGUAGAUGAGUUGGGCACGGUGUUUGAGCAGGGAGAACGGGAGUGUCCAGGUAGGUUUUGGGGGUUGCCGGAGGAGAGCUUGUAUAAGGGGAUCAGCGUGGAAGAGGGGAAGAACGUGCUCCGGAGGGUUAACGUCGGGCAUCCGGCAUUAAUGUGA